ACCAUCUGACGCUCAAGGAUUUAUGGGUUUAGUCAAAAUUGCUUUUCCCACUGUGGAGAUUAAGCACCGUAGGAUGUUUUCCACUCAGGCCAUAGAAUAGCUGAGUGUAGCUGCUGCUGCUGCUGCUGCUGUUAUUUCCUCCCCCUUAUCGACUCCGGCGGUGGAGACGGGAAUGUCUCAGCAAGGCAGAGUGCUCCGAACCCUUGAGGGGAGUAAAUUCUGACUGACAGGAGAGGUCCGUCCUCUGGGGAAUGUGAACCAUGCAGGUGGAUGCUGUUCUUGUGCUCUUCUGUGUUUGGCUGGCGGGUGCAGCGGGGAGGAUAGCCCAGUCAAGGGGUCACAAGCUGGAGACCUACAAACAGAGCAGGUCACGAAGAGAGACCAGGAUGGAUGGGGGUGGAGGCCACAAAUCUGGAAGCCCAAUUUACAAACGAAGUCCAGACAUGACGAAAUCUCUGAUGACAAAAUCUGAGCAGCUCCUGAGAAUAGAUGACCACGACUUCACCAUGAGGCCGGCAUUCGGAGGUCCUCCAAUUCCUGUUGGAGUGGACGUUCAGGUAGAAAGUCUGGACACCAUCUCCGAAGUGGAUAUGGACUUUACCAUGACACUGUACCUGCGUCACUACUGGAAGGACGAGCGGCUGUCGUUCCCGAGCACCAACAACCAGAGCAUGACCUUCGACAGUCGCCUGGUGAAGAAGAUUUGGGUUCCUGACAUGUUCUUUGUCCACUCCAAGCGCUCCUUUAUCCACGACACCACGACCGAUAACGUCAUGCUGAGGGUUUACCCCGAUGGCAACGUCCUCUACAGUCUCAGAGUCACCGUCACUGCCAUGUGCAACAUGGACCUCAGCCGCUUCCCUCUGGACACCCAAACCUGCUCGUUGGAGAUCGAGAGCUAUGCAUACACAGAUGAUGACCUGAUGCUGUACUGGAAGAAAGGCAACGAAUCCCUGAACACGGACGACAGAAUAUCUCUGUCCCAGUUCCUCAUCCAGAAAUUUCACACCACCACCAAGCUGGCUUUCUACAGCAGCACAGGCUGGUACAAUCGUUUGUACAUCCACUUCACCCUGCGGCGCCACAUCUUCUUCUUCCUGCUGCAGACCUACUUCCCUGCUACUCUCAUGGUCAUGCUGUCAUGGGUGUCCUUCUGGAUUGACCGCAGGGCCGUCCCCGCCAGGGUGCCACUAGGCAUCACCACAGUGCUGACCAUGUCCACCAUCAUCACCGGGGUCAACGCCUCCAUGCCGCGGGUCUCCUACAUCAAGGCAGUGGACAUUUACCUCUGGGUCAGUUUUGUCUUUGUCUUCCUGUCGGUGAUAGAGUAUGCGGCAGUCAACUACCUCUCCACCGUACAGGAGAGGAAAGAGAGGAAGCUGAGGGAGAGACUGCCGUGUACGUGCGGCAUUGGCAACCCGGACGAGAUGAUGAUUGACCCCCAGAUCACUGGCUACGGGUCGAUGGAUGUCAACACCACGGGAAAUUAUGGGAUGCCAGAGAAUGGCGGCCGCCAGGAUCGAAUGUUGGCCCAGGUGUCACUGAAUGACCCGCAGAUCGCAAGCCAGGUGAAGCCAUCCAGAGGCUACGUGAACAUUUGGAUAGACACCCACGCCAUAGACAAGUACUCGAGGGUUGUGUUUCCUGGAGCGUACAUCCUCUUUAACAUCAUCUAUUGGUCCAUCUACUCGUAACCCGGGAUGCAGAAGUAGAUCCUCUUUGGGAGUCGUCCAUGAUGAGACUCCAGGAGUUUGGCUCCUUUGUGAAGGAGUGGGAAAAUAUUGGCAUUUGAUGCUUUUCAGGCAGAGAAACUGCACUUAAGAUGCAUGGGGACCAUUGACAGAUUGGUGACCAUUGCCUUCUCGACCCAGCCACUUAAAACUGAAUGAGCUACCGACAAGCAGGACAGUCGUCGUCACUGGUUUUGUAACUCCAUCAAAUCUAUGUGGUUUCAUGUUGUAACUAUAGUGCUGUUGGUGGAAGGACGUUCUUGUUGUCGCCUGAGGACUUCACUGCACAGAGAGACGCACAAACACGGACCUGUGUAACUCGGCCACACUUCAGUUCUCGAUGCAGUGACUCUUUUUCAAACUGGAAAUGUGACCUGGAAACUGACAUUGCCAGCAUAUGGACAGACUCCUUCUGCUUUGCAUAUGAACUAAACUUGACAAUCAGUGGCAAACUAAAAAUGUUUUAAGGAAUAGUUCGGCUCAUUUGCUUUCUGGUGGAAAGUUUGACUAGAAGAUUGAUACCGCUCUCAUGUCUGUACAUUGAAUACAAAGCUACAGCCAGGGGAUGGUUAGCUCUGCCUAGCAUAAACACUGUCAGCAUGGGGCACUGUAAACAGCUACCCUGCUCUGUCCCAACUUCAAAAACAACAAGUUAUAUCUCCUUUGUUUCAUCUGUACAAAAAUGGAUGUGUAGAAACAACAUUUUUCUAUUUAUAUAAAUCUAUACACUGAAUCACAUAUUUGUUUACAAUUACUUCGGGUAGAAAAUCCACGCGUCACGUACAUAAAAUCAAACGGCACCGAGGAGACGCUGCCUCAACCGGUUAUUUUAGUGCCUCAAUCAGUUUAGUGUAGUUUCUUAGGAUCCCCAUUAGCUAAUGCCCUGAUGGUAGCCAGUCUUCCUGGGGUCCAACACAUAAAUUGCACAAUUUAACAAAAAAUGUUGCACAUUAUAUACACAUUCAAACAUCACAUUACAUAGAAAAACCCCCCGAAAAAAUCCCUCAUCAAAUGCUAGACACUUGUUAGACACUUUCAUAACUUACAUUAAUCUCAUUUACAGUUUGUUCAUACAGUUAAUUGCAAUAAAUACUCCUUUAAUGUUAUCUUGUAAGGUAAUGCAGGGAAAAUAGUCCAAGUAUAGUGUUGCUUGAACUUAUACUGAUAUUUUUAGGUGAGUAUUUAUAGGCAGGUAAAAUACAUUUUGUCCACAGCAGUACAGGCGGGUGGCUUUGGAUCAGCUGUCGAUCCCUGGCGUCUCCAGUCCGCACGUCGAAGUAUCCUUGAGCAAGAUAAUGAACCCUAAAUUGCUCCUUAUGGCUGUUCCAUCAGUGUGUGACUGUGUUCAAACUGUGUGUGAAUGGGUGAAUGUGACUCGUAGUGUAAAAAGUGCUUUGAGUGGUCGGAAGACUAGAAAGGCGCCAUACAAGUGCAGGUCCAUUUACAUUACUUAGCUUCCAUGCCGGUAGAUUUGGUUAAUCAAAGUUGCUAGCAAAACAGCACAAUACAUAAAAUAAGCACAGCAGACACAGCAGACACAUCAGACCAUCGUGUUUACCUUCAUUCAUUCAUUUUCCGUAACCACUUAUCCUGCUGGGGGUCACGGGAGGCUGGAGCCUAUCCCAGCUGACAUUGGGCAAGAGGCGGGGUACACCCUGGACAGGUCACCAGACUAUCACAGGGCUGACACAUAGAGACAAACAUUCACACCUACGGGCAAUUUAGAGUCACCAAUUAACCUGUAUGUCUUUGGACUAUGGGAGGAAGCCGGAGUACCUGGAGAAAACCCACGCUGACACAGGGAGAACAUGCAAACUCCACACAGAAGGGUUCCCCCACCCUGGGGUUCGAACCCCCCACCCUAUAUUCGAAUCAGGAACCCUCUUGCCACCGUGCCACCUCUAUAUAUAUAUAUAUCUUUACAGUUGUAAUUUCACAUAUCUCGGCUGUUUAAAUCAAUUGAUAGUUGUCAGUCUAGAAGUGAUUGUAGCAAGACGUCAUGUGAUGAGAUCCAUUUCUUUGCUGGGACCAGUAACUUCCCGGAGUCUGCAUUGGUUGCCUGGCAACUGCUCAGAGGCAAUAAACAGUCGGGGACAUAACAGAGCAUGUACUUUGCUUUUACACUUUAGUUUUUGUACAGAUUAAACAAACAAAAGUGAAUUAGUGAGCUUUAGUGGUGCUGGCAGGCAGACGUUGUCUUUGGACAGAGGCUAGCUGUUUCCCCCCGUUUCCAGUCUUUGUGCUAAGCUAAGCUAACCGUCUCCUUGCUGUAACGGCUUGAGAUUGGUAUCAGUGUUGUUAUCAAACUCUUGGCGAGAAAAUGAAUAAGCGCCAUUUCCCAAAAUGUGGAACUACUUUGCUGAAAGCCAGAUAACCUGAUUAUUCUUAAAGUUUUUUCUUUUGCAGCACGUUAGUAUGAUUCAGUAUGUGUUACAUUUUCUUGUGAUCUUUGUAUCGAUGCAGCUAUUUUGCUGUCGAGCUACUUACUGCGUUGCAUUUGUGUAAUUUGAUAAAGUUUAGCAAAAAGGGCAGAAUAAUGCAGUCUAUUAAAAUCACAAAUGUAAAAAUAUAUGUUUAGUAAAUCCCAAACACCGAUCAUGGUACUGACUUUUUUUUUAAUGUUCUUAUUUCUUCUUUUUUUUUUUUAAUACAACUGAAGCUCAUCUCCUCUGUUUGGUGUUGUGAGGCUUUGAGGUUCACUGUGACCUGUUAGUUGCUAGUUUUAUCGUCUUUUUCAGCUUAAAACAACUUUAUACUUCAUUAGACAAAAGAUAUAUUAAAGAUAUCUUUUGGUGGUUCAUGACAAUUCACUGACCAAACAUACAGAUAUUAAAUAAAACUUUGGAAAAAAUGUUAUAUAUGAGAAAAAAAAAAAAGUUUAAUAAAUGUUUUGUUUUCUGACAUUGUGAAAUUAUUGGAGCGGAGCUUUGGUGCUGACCCACACAGUCACAAUAAUGUACAUCUUAAAUCUCCAUGUAAUACAUUUAGUAGGCACAAAUGUGAAUGUGAAAUGAAUGUUGCUGCAGCAGACAUCAAUUAAAAACAGCUAAAAACACAUACAACAGACACAGUUGAAGCAUUUGGCAACGUUUUUCUGGUGCAACCUCUCAAGUCCCAAAUUUUUUAUCCUAUUUUCCUGUUUUCUUAUACAGUAUAUUUAAACAGUGCUGGAGGAUAAGCUUUCACACUUAUUAGACAUUGGAUUGCCACCAGCUCCAGGUCUGAUUACUGAUGAGCUUUCAUACCAAAUCAUAUAAACUGCAUAUUCUGUAAUACUAUUAGCUGCUCACAUGUGACGUAAAGGGAUAUACUGUAUAUUUAUAUUUUAUAUUAAGCCAAUUUUAUGAUUUCUUACAGGCAAAAGUGUGGAUGUUGAAGAAACCUUUUUUUUUUUUACUCUCCUUUAUAUCCCAGAGGGCAAUUUAACAAUUCAAACUCUGUGCCCUGUCAUUCCUCAAAAAAACUUUAACAAAGGGAUCACUGCAGCAGAAAGACAUGAAAAGAAUAAAGCAUCAAAAAGAUGUAGAGAACCGGAUUUGCAAGCACAUCUAU